AUGGCGCCGCGUCUUUUCGCCUGUUUUGGCGUCAAAGGAUCUUCAACUUCCACCACCGGAAAAGGUAUCUCCGGUCAUAACGCGGCUGUUGUCGCUGCAGAUGUUCCCGCCGGUGACGGACCUGUUCUCGUUCAGCUCUUCUCUUCUCAAGGAUGUAAGACUUCUCCGGAGGCGGAGAUGCUCGUGUCGCGUCUCGGCCGUGGCGAUUUCGACGGGCAGAUCCGUAGAGAAGGUGGAUCUGGUUCUCCGGCGAUGGUUUUGGUUUUCCACGUUGAUUAUUGGGAUUAUUUGGGUUGGAAAGAUCCGUAUGGAUCUAGCCAGUGGACGGUGAGGCAAAAGGCUUACAUCGAAGCGUUGAAUCAGGAUACGAUGUUUACUCCGCAGUUUGUUGUUCAAGGUCGUGUUCAAUUACUUGGGAAUGAGGAAGAGACUCUGCUCAAGUCCAUCGUCGAUGCGCCUAGGUUUCCUUCUCCGGCGUUUCGGGCCACAUUCCAAAGACCAACCUCAGAAACCCUUCAAGUAUCUCUCACAGGAGCUUUGAGGAUGAAAGUGGACUCGAGCGGGAUCGAUAUAAUGGUGGCGCUAUACGAGAACGGACUAGUGACCGAUUGCCCCCGAGGAGAGAACUCAGGAAGAGUAUUGGCCAAUGACUACGUUGUAAGAAAGCUAGAAAAGUUAUGCACCGUUAAAGAUUUAGCGGCGAAGAAGACGGUGUCGGAGACGGCUCAUUUCACAGUUUGGGAUGGAUUCAACAGCGCAAAAUGUGGAGUUGCUGUUUUUCUACAGAACACAUCUCUUCAAAUUUUCGGUACGCAGAGUUUUCAAUUGCCUGAUGAAAUUUGA